AUGAAACCUAAACCAAAUUAUAGUUUAACACAACAAUAUUUUAAAAAGAAAUCUUUAAAACUAAAUAAAACUGAUAAUGAAAAAUAUACAUAUGAUAUUAUUAUAAAUCCAGACACUUCUUCAGAAUCAAAUUUUUCCGAAUCAUUAUAUACAACAGAUAGUGGUUUCAUUGUAAAAGAUAUUCAAAAAAAUAAUUUUAGUUCAAUAUAUAUUACUAAACAGAAUGGUGCAAUAGUAGAAAAUAAUAUUUUUUUUAGCGAUGAAGAAUUAGAAAUCGAUAAUAGCAAUGAUGAUUUAAUUACAGAAGAAAAAGCAUUAUUUAAUAUAGGAUUAUAUAAAAAUAUAAACUAUUAG